AUGUCAUGCUCCACCAGGAGGUUGUUUCAAGAAGAGUGGCUAGUGUCGUGGGUUGAUGAGGCUGGCAUCGUGCGCUGGAUACUUCGCACGGUUGAAGGACAAUCCGAGUCGCCUUGGCUGACCACAUUCUGGCGCGCGGCGUGUCCGUACAGAGGACAGUGUCAGUGGUUCGUCUGGUUGAGAAUGGAAAUAGAAAGAGUGGAUGGGACGUCAGACGGAUGGAUGGCGGGCCUCUCGCUCGUUCUGAGACUGUCGAGCGUCGACACAUACAUAGUACACCAGGCAGUCAACGUGGUCGGACAGGAGAGGAUAGAAUGCCAGAUGUUGUUGGAUGAACGUGACGGUGGGGAAGACAAAGCAGAGCGCCCGUGCCUAUUAGCCAGAUGUUUUUGGCGGACGGUGGUGGAUAAGGGGGAUGUUGUGAUUUCUUCUCUUGCUGCAGCUGUUAGACAUGAUACUCACCUGCAGACUGCAGCCGGUCCCUCCUUGCCUUGCGCUGCGGUAGAGCGUAGGCAAGUGGUUAUGUCGUGCGUCUUGUUUCGGAAGCUAUCAGAGCAAGACUGCAAUGGAAGAGACAUCGAAGGGUUCGAAGUCGCGCGCAGUUAUGCUGGUUUGAUCUCGAGAGCACAGACUUUCUGUUCUGCUGAUGCGAGGCCAAAUGGCACCUUCUUGAACGGGCAGAGGGCCGUGAAGAUCUUCUUCAACUACCUCUCCCACUCCUCGAGCCGGCUGAGAAUGAGCGGGAACGGUUGGACCCGUGUAUUCCCUUUGAGAAACUUGUCAUCCCCUUACACGUCGCACUUCUCCUCCUUAUUCGUGCGGUAUCCGGACGUCGUUGCCAUCUUUGCCUCGUCGUUUGCAAGGCCUUCCACACUUCCCCUCGCUGAGGCAGCCAAGACGCGUGGGAUAUCCGGCAGCGGCAAGGUAUCUCGACGCCCGAAAUUGGGUGUCUCGGUACUUUGGAAGGAAAAGGCGAUUAACUCGGAUCGACAGGGGUGUCAUGGAAAGGGGAGCUCGGGACUAGCGUGGUUUGGGAAGCGCCACUUUUUGGUGCCGUUCCUGGUUUCGCAGCGUACCUUAGCCAAGAAAAUGCGGCUUGGACUGGUCAGGGAAGAGAAACAAGCCAACACCGUCUUUCAGGGCGUUCAACUUUUGGCCAAAAUUUUCGGUCAAGUCGCCUCUGGUGAAGGAUACUUGGCUCUUUGUUCGCGAAACAGGACCAACGGCGCGGGACCUGUGCUUGAUAACCCGGCAUUGAGCAUCAACGGGAUGCAGAACAAGAUGAGGUGUCCUGGUGCAAUCACCCUCCUGAGAUUGAGACAUCCACUGAUCGCGGGCUUAACCGGCGAAACAUAA